AUGGAUUCAGACAAAGUUACGAUGCUAAGAUAUCGAGGCUCCAAGCUAGCCAAAGUGAAAAAGUUGGAUAUGUUUCCGAAAAUCGAAGAAACGUAUAAAGAAACAAGUAGAGUAGGUGGAACUUUCUCAUUAGUCAGUUUUGUACUGAUAGGCUGGUUGGUUUAUUCGGAAAUUAGGUAUUACUUAGAUAGCAAGUUUGUUUUUAAAUUCUCCCCCGACACUGAUUUGGAUCAGAAGCUGAAAAUUAAUGUGGAUCUAACUAUUGCCAUGCCAUGUCACAACUUGGGAGCAGACAUUUUGGACUCAACCAACCAAAACACAUUCAAAUUUGGCCAAUUGGAGGAAGAAGACACGUGGUUUGAGUUGGCGCCAAAUCAACAAAUGCACUUUGAAAACAAAAAACACUUUAACUCGUACCUAAGAGAAGAAUACCACGCUGUGAAAGAUUUGCUGUGGAAAAACAGUUUUUCCUCCAGUUUCGGCAACUUACCUCCCAGAAGCCAUUUCCCGGACACGCCAUACGACGCGUGUAGGAUUCACGGUUCCCUGGAACUCAACAAAGUUGCAGGGAAUUUUCACAUAACGGCCGGGAAAAGCAUUAAUCUGCCUAGGGGGCACAUCCAUAUAAGCGCCUUUAUGUCCGACAGAGACUACAAUUUUAGUCAUAGAAUUAAUAAGUUCAGUUUUGGUGAUUCUAGUCCUGGUAUUGUUCACCCUCUAGAAGGAGAUGAAGUUAUUGCAACAAAUGGGAUGAUUUUAUACAACUACUUCAUUGAAAUCGUACCCACAAAUGUGAAAACAUUUCUUACUUCUGUGGACACUUUCCAAUACAGUGUGAAAGAACUGAGUAGACCAAUUGACCAUGAUAAGGGCAGCCACGGUAUGCCCGGAAUAUUUUUUAAAUAUGACGUUUCCGCUCUAAAAGUCACUGUACGACAAGAAAGAGACCAUUUGGGGACCUUUUUAGCUAGGUUAUGUUCUAUUAUAGGAGGAGUUUAUGUUUGUUCAGGUAUUUUAAAUAGUCUUGUACAAAUUGUUUUUAAUUUUAUUAUGUGUAAUUGGAGUAAAAAAUCUGAAGAAAAAGAAAGUAUUUAUAAAAAAAGUGAAGAACCUAAUGUGAUACCUUUCCAACCUCGUAGUUAUUAA